AAAAAAGUUCCUGUACUUCUUUGCAAAACACAGAGCAGCUACAUACGGUAAGCCAUGGGUAUAAAAUAUUGUAAUCCAAAGAUAAUCAGCCCGUAAUUACCUUUGCCUAUUUUCCCUAAAGGAGAAUACGUGAUCUGGGCCAGGAAAUACAGAGGGGCGUUUGUGAUUUACCACUGUAAAUUUGAAACUACUCAAAUGAAAGGAAUGGAAAUGCUGAUUAAACUGACAUCCAAUAGUUAACCUAAUUUAAUGGUUAUAUGGUGGGAAUUAAAAAGAGGUUAUUGGUCAGUCAAAACUGGUUGUAACCAAAAACUUGAGUAACAAGGUUCAGCUGACAUAUAAAUGCUGCCAAAUUCAGGGGUACUAAUAUAAUAAUCUUUUCAAUUUGAGGUGUAGUGUGUGUGUUGUCAUUAGGACACUAGGUGUGUCCAGCCUUUCUAAUUUGUUCAUUGCACUUUUUCCAGUUAUCCAAUAAGCUAUGUGUUUUCUCUGUUCAAAUUGUAACAAGCGGAAUGAAUAGUCCUACAUAUAUACUGAUUUGUGGAAAGACAUCAAUUGGUAAAUAAGAUAAUUAAUUAAUUAAUUGACAAGAAGCAAGUAAUUACAGUUUAGUAGGCACUCAUCCAUUUAUACAGUUAAAUUAACUGAUGCAAUUCAGGUUAAAUGGGCCUACUUUGCUCCCAACCUGGGAAUUAAACUUACAAUUUCUCAGUUACAUUCCCUAACAAUGCACAGCCUAUAUUAUAACCCGUUACUACACUUUUACCCUAACAAUUUUAAUUUAAUAGGCCUACUUGUUUAUUGAUUUAAAGUUACUUUAAAUAAUUUAGAAAGCAUUGGCUAGCAGUAUUGUUUUGGAAUACAGCGUGUUUAUUUUGUGUUGGAUUGAACACUUGUCUAGGUUGUGUUUGUGUACGUGGAGGGGGAUUUGGAGCGAACGGGAGCGCAGUGCCUUGGUGACAGCCUACGCUCGGUGGGUGAUGCUGUUUGCCUCUGUCGCAAAUUGUGUUUUGGUUGCGGUUCCCGGAGAUCCUGGUGACGAAGAUCUCCUGUGCAACUUGGAGUCAUUAGCAGGACAGAGGAAGCGCAAGAAGCACCUUGGCUGACCUGAGUGCAAUAUCAAGAGAAAAUGAACCUGAAAAGAAUUGAAACUAAAGUCCUGCUUGUGAUUUCUCCUGCAAUUCUGUUUAUCUUCCUUUUUUUGGUGUACAAUUACAAUAUGCACUCGGAAGGUCCAAGAAAGCUGCCUGCUCCAGCAAAUCGUCAUCAUUAUCCCACCAACCUGGACUCAGUGGACGGCUCUGCUCCCGCUGAGCAGUCCACUGCCCAGGACGCCGCACAGAAUCUACCUCCCAGCAAAGAUGGUGUGAGUGACGUGGGGUCAGAGGAAAGGACAUCGCUCCUGGCCGGCUUGUGGUGGCCACUGGACAAUAAAACACUUACCUCUGUGACGGAGGCCACGGACGCAACCAAAUGCUUCUACAAGGUCAUCGACCUCCGGGAAAAUUACACCGUCGGAAGCGUCGUCCGCGUCGUGCUGGUUGCCCGGGACGGGAACGGGAGACCCAAAACCCACGGCGGAGACUUCUUCCAGGCCAAACUGCACAAUUCGGGGCUCAAAGCCAGCACCUUUGGCCCGGUGGUGGACCACCUCAACGGGACGUACACGGUCCAGUUCUCCCUGCUCUGGCCCGGCCCCGCCCGCGUCUCAGUCCGACUCAUACACUCCAGCGAGGCGGUGCAGGUCAUCCGCAGGCAGCGACAGCAGGACCCCGACAAGGUGUACUUCUUCGGACAUUUUGUGGACGGGAGCAGGACGGAGCAGGUGCCGUGCAACGCGCAGCGGAGCCCCUGGCUCGUCGGGAACGGCACGGGGGGCUGCUGCCAGUACACGGACCCGGUCACGCGGGAGUCCUGGUUCUGCCGCCGACCGGCCUCUCUGCCCUGCUGGACGCUGACUUACCACAGCAUGGGCAGCUACCGGGCCAAGCUGUCCAGCCUGGAUGCCAGUGUUCUCCACGGCUCCAGAACAAAUAUCAUGGUGCCUGGAAGGGACUUCGAAAUCCAUGUCUUGCCCCAGGAUGAGAAAAUGAGAGAAACCCGUCCGCAGUGCAGGCCGGGUCUGGGCACCGCCGUGCCCGCCGGGUUCUACUUCCAGGACCGCUGGACCUCGCUGCAGUGCCGCUCCCGGUCCUUCCCCACCCCGGCGCUGCUGUCGGCCUGCCUGCGGGACAAGGAGGUCCACAUGAUGGGAGACUCCACCCUGCGGCAGUGGUUCGAGUACCUGGAGAGCGCCGUGCCCACGCUGAAGCGUCUGAACGUGCACACGUCCCCCAUGUCGGGCCCCCUCCACGCCAUCGACCCCCAGAACAACACCGUCCUGCACUGGCGGGCCCACGGGCUGCCCAUCCGCACGCACAAGACGCCCGUGGCGGACCUGCACUACAUCGGCCGGGAGCUGGAGAGCAUGGCGGGCGGGGAGCACACGGUCGUCGUCUUCACCAUCUGGGCGCACUUCACCACCCACCCGCUCGACAACUACAUCCGCCGCCUCGCCACCAUCCGCCGCGCCGUCCGGUCCCUGCUCCAGAGGGCUCCGCGCACCCUGGUGGCCAUCAAGACGGCCAACACCGGGUACAAGGACGUCUACGGCAGCGACUGGCUGUCCUGGCAGCUGGACCUCAUCCUCAGGGCCAUGUUCCGGAACUUGCCCGUGGUCUUCAUCGACGCCUGGCAGAUGACUUCGUGCCACUACUCGCCCGACAACAUCCACCCGCCAAGGCCGGUGGUCAUGAACGAGGUGGACCUCUUGCUCUCUUUCGUCUGCCCCCAGUGAGAAAGCGGAGAGAGAGCGUGUGGUGUCUGCGUGCGUGCUAGUGUGUGUGUGUGCCUGCGAGUGUGUGUGUGUGUGUGUGAGCAUGCAUACGUGUGCAUGUGUGCGUGAGCAUGCGUGUGUGUGUGUGUGGAUCUGGCGGGCUGGCUCAUAUGCUGGUUCCACGUGUGAUCCUGUCUGCAUUGCAGUGGUAGAUUAAAUGAAUGAAGUCUCCAAUCUUCUCUCAUAUCUGAAGAGACUUGAUUGGCUCUUGACUCAAUAUGAGCAGUGAGGUCAGAAGAGGGCAUGGCUGAAUGACUGAAAUCUGGGAAAUGAUAGUGACGACAUGACUUUCACCCUUAGGGCUGGGUCUUACCCUGUGUCGUCGGGUGGGGUCUCUGUCUUAGUACUUCCAUAUUUAUGAGGGACCUCUAUUAGACCUUUCUCUAUAUCUCAGGGACAGGGUGGGACAGGCUAAGACUUAUUCUUUGUUUUUUUGCAAUAGAGUGUGGAUGGUGAAAAUUGAGUUAAAAUGGUGAAAAUUGUUCUUGUAAUGGCUCAUAAAUGCUGAUUAAGGCGUUUCAACACAAAGUAGGCUGUACUAUAUUUAGAAUAUUCCCUGCAAAAUCAGGAAACACUGUUAGGGAAGGAACUGCAGUAGGACAGGAUGAUUAUUUUGGUGUAGGGUCAAAAUUCCAGGGCUAGGCGUUUUUGUAUCUAUUUGUACUUUUUAUGGAAUUCUUUUACUACAGUGUGAUAUUCAGAAUAUAACUGGAUGUAAUCACUACUGAUUCCCUGAAUUAAUUGUUUGAAUAAAACAAAAUCAUGCAUUUAUGUGUGCAGAUAUGGAAGGAUGCUUACCCAGAUAGUCCCUGACGUAGUUUCCACAACGCAAAGUCUUGAUUCAUAAUGAGGUAGAUCAAGGCCGUCACCGUGUAUCCAACAUUGGGCGGGGAGGCAAGUAUGACCAGGGUUGGGGGUGGAGAGCGAGGGGAUAUUUAAAAUAAAAAAUAAAAAAAGAUUUGGAAAACAUUCAUCUGAUAACUAUAUUAUGGUAGUCAUAGCAAAUACUGCUUUAAUACUAAUGAAAGUGUAAAAAAUAUGGACUGACUGACUGGACUGCAUUUUUAUAUAGCGCUUUUAUCCAAAGCGCCUUACAAUUGAUGCCUCUCAUUCACCCAUUCACACACACACCAAUGCCAUGCAAGGUACCAAUCAACAUUGGGAGCAAUUAGGGGUUAGGUGUCUUGCUCAGGGACACUUGGACACGCCCAGGGCAGGGGGGAACGAACCGGCAACCCUCCAACUGCCAGUCAACCGCUCUUACCUCCUGAGCUAUGUCGCCCCAAUUGACUGACACCCAUUGGGGGGGGGGGGGGGGGCUGUAAUUAUGGCUCUGCUCUGUACCAUCUAUCCAGAAAUGCAGAACACGUUAACCUGAGAACUCUGUGUUUUGCAUAUACUGAAGCCUGAGCCUUUCUGUGUGGAGUUUGCAUGUUCUCCCCGUCUCCACUUUCGUCCAAAUAUUUGCAGGCAGCUAGGCAAAUUGGAGUCUACUAAAUUGUGUGAGCGAAUGGUGUGUGUGUAUCCUGCGAUUGACGGACGACCAGGGUGUAUUCCUGCCUCUCGCCCCAAAGCAAGCUGGGAGAGGCUCCAGCACCCCGUGCGACGCUGCUCAGGAUAUGUGGGUAUAGAUGAUGGAUGGAUGGAUGGACACAUCUACAGUAUUUAAAUAAAAAUGAUCAUUAAAACCAUAUGGCAAAGUGACUAUAUGACAAAGGGAAUGUCUAAUUCCCUUGGCUGUGUCCCGUUUUAAAAUUAGACUCAGUGAAAUGAUGUCAUGCCCAAUUUAGUUUGACCUGUCAAUUCAAGGACACCAGACUUUAACGGACUUUAUAGCAGACAAAGAUUUGCAUAUCACAGGGCUAAAUGAGAUUGCUUAAUCAUCGAGUGUGAAAUUAGCCAAGGCUACUUUUUUGUGUAGGAUUUAGCUAACGAUUGCUAGCUACCUACAAACUGGUAGCCUGUGCUAGCGUGCUAAAAGUUCAACUGAAAGUGAAUUGUACUGCCUCACUCACACGCACUGACAAACGCAAAGGCAACUUUUAUGCAUUGUCUGUUCAAUUUCAUGGUAACAAUUGCCAUUACUAGUGUAAAUGAUUGAUGAUGAUGAAGAAUCAUUCUGGAUGGUAUUCCAUAGCUGUCUGCCACAGAAUAGCAAAAGGAAAUCAAUAACAAGUGCAAUUAUUAGUAAAAAAAUAUUGGGGGGGACGAUUUAAUCAUAUUUUAAUAUUGUGGGGGUGGGGGGGAUACCUCCCCACCGAUGUGUACUAUAGUUACAGCCUUGAGGUACAUAAAGAAAUAAACAGUAAUAAAGAUAAUAGUACUCACAUAAAAAGUAUAUAGCCUAUGCCUUUGGGACUAAAUAUGAAGUCAUUCACAUUCAUUACAACCUUGCCAUUUGGAAACUAUGUCAGGGACAUUUUGAUACGUGUUUUUUGUGAUAUCUUUCAUAAAUGUGUUCCUUAUGUUGUGUAUCUGGUGGGAAUGGGUAUUUAUAUGUUUCUGCAACUACAUGCACUUUUUUUAUUUUUGUAAAUCAAAAUGUUUGUAAAUAUUGUAAUAAAUUGAGCAAAUUUAUAUCAAAUAA